AUGUUUGCCUCGCGCCGCCAAAGACGAUGUGAGGCCGAGCAGAGACCGCCUCGGCCUCGGCCCCAAUACGGGGCAGCAGCCAAAGCGGCGAAUCUGCCUGCGCUGAGCAUUUGUCGCUUGGAAUCACCGGAAGAGAUCCUUAAGAAACUUCGGCAACAUGCAGAAGAUCCUGCGAUGGCCGAGUUCACUUGCCCGAUUUGCUGGGAGCCCUUCUGGCAGCCAGUUCGGACUGUAUGUGGGCAUGCCUUUUGUGAAGGGUGCUUGUUGAAGUCUGUGCUGGCACAGCUGGGUUACGAUCAGCCAGAUGUGUCCUGUCCAAUGUGCCGGCAUCCGCUGCAUGUAGAAGAUGUAGCUGCCGAUGAGGCACUUCUGGCCCGAAUCAGAUUGGUGGUAGCCCAGAAGGCUCGGGAAUCAGAAUCUCAAAGCAAGGGGCACCCUGGCCGCUUGUACCGUGGAUCGACUCGAUCUCCCAUUGCCGAACAGACUCCAUCAAACCCCCGAUCGCUUCAUUGCACUGGGCAGCCUUGUACGCCUGCAUUGCUCGAGUGGCCAGCAAGAGCUCAAAGCUCAGGUGCACACAGGACGCAAUUCCCAGGAAGCUGGAUGAGGGUGGCCCCCUCUGAUUCGAGGCCUGCGACCUCUGGCUGUGUAGUCGCCUCCCAUAAGAGCGCUUUCUGGUCGCAGAGCUUUUCCGCCCGUCCCUCAACAUCGGGAGUCUCCGAAGUAUGGGGGGAUCGAAGUGAGGCACAGGAGGAAACGGUGGCCACUCCACUGUGGCCAACUUGGCCGGCGCCUGCGAGGUUGCAGGCGAACCUGGUGGGGGAGGUGAGUGAGGGCGACCGCGAUCGCUCGGAUCGAGACAAAGGUGGUGCAGUUUCCGAUCGACUUCACUCCUUGGCGAAGCCGCAGACCCCUCGAACUGCACUUCACAAGCAACGACCCAGGUCCCAGCCGUCGAAGCAAGGCCGUCCCAGCCGCAUGCUGCCACAUCCCCCAGAGCUGCCGACUUACAGGGCUCCUCUAAGCUCCAGGGGCCCGAGACCGAAGAGGACUCAAAAUCACUCCCAGACAGCGGUCAUCGACUGCAGCACAAACGGCACAUUCCUGAAUGGCUUACGGCUGCCGCCGAGAACCACGGGGAAGGUGCUCGUCUCGCACGGAGACGAGCUCCUGCUACAAGACCCGGCCAAUGACCAGGAGUUCGGCUAUGUUGUGAAUAUCCAAGAGCUGAAUGUCCGAGAGCAGACGAAGCUGCAGGCUCCGCGGCGUCUUCUCUCGACCGAGGAGUCUUCAACAAUGGGCCGUGACUUCCAUUGA